CUUGAGAUGUUGCACCAUCGGUGUCCCUGCUAUUUUAAAUCUUUCCCAUCCCCUCUCACGACGGAAAUCUUUACUUGGGAGCGUCGAAACCGAGCUGUCUACUUUCCUCUUGGAUGAUUCCCGCAAAUCAGCAACGAGUCAACUGUAAUUCUACUCACUCGGAUUGAGCUGAGUUGGCUGUAGUUGGAUCGCUCUUCGAUUGAUUAAUCGCUAAGAAAAAAAAAAAUAGUUAAACAAGUAAAAAAAAAAAGAAGAAGAAAAUGCAGACUAAGGUCUCAAAUGCUAAUCGGCAUUCCGGAAUAGUGAUUCGAUCUCGGACUUCAACGAUGAUGUUAUCCAUGUUCGCCACCUUAGCUUCCUUUUACGUUGCCGGCAGAUUAUGGCAGGAUGCGGAAGAGAGGGUUCUCUUGACAAAGGAGCUUGAUAGAAUUACUGGGCAGGGACAUUCAGCAAUAUCAGUGGACGAUACUCUAAAAAUUAUUGCUUGCAGGGAACAAAAGAAGAAAUUGUCUGCACUGGAGAUGGAACUGGUGGCAGCUAGACAGGAGGGAUUCGUUUCCAGUCACUUGCCAGAGAAAAAUAGUAUUUCUAAUAAAAGGCCUCUAGUAGUGAUAGGAAUACUUACAGGAUUUAGUCACAAGAGCAAGAGAGAUGCUAUACGCAAGGCUUGGAUGGGAGCUGGCAAAGUGUUGAAAAAGAUAGAGGAUGAGAAGGGAAUAAUUGCACGUUUUGUUAUUGGGAGGAGUUCUAACCGUGGAGACAGCUUGGACAGAAGCAUUGACAAUGAAAAUAAAGAGACCAAUGAUUUUCUCAUUCUUGAAAACCAUGUUGAGGCACUUGAAGAACAGCCAAACAAGACAAAAUCAUUUUUUGCUUAUGCUGCAGAAAAUUGGGAUGCUGACUUCUUUGCAAAAAUCAAUGAUGAUGUCUAUUUGAAUAUAGAUGCAUUAGGAAAUACACUCGCUGGAUAUGUGGACAAGCCUCGUGUAUAUGUUGGGUGUAUGAAGUCAGGCGAAGUAUUUUCUGAACAGAGCCACAGGUGGUAUGAACCAGAUUGGUGGAAAUUUGGAGAUGGAAAAACGUACUUUCGCCAUGCAUCAGGUGAAAUGUUUGUUGUAUCCAAGGCUUUGGCUAAGUUUAUCUCAAUAAAUAGAUCCAUUCUUAGAGCCUAUGCUCAUGAUGAUGUUACUGUUGGUUCUUGGUUUAUUGGCUCUGAUGUCAAAUAUGUAGAUGAGAGGAAGUUUUGCUGCUCAUCUUGGUCAACAGGAGCCAUAUGCUCAGGAGUAUGAUGUGGAUCUUAAGGAAAAACAAAAAGAAAGGAAUAAUAAUGAAAAGGUCUGACAUACUUGAUGGAUUUGGAGGCAGCCAGUUAGCUACCUGCAUAGAAGGUCGGAACUGGAAUAUAUAGUUCUUGUGGUUCAUCAUGGUAGAGGGUCUUGUAGAAGAAAGGAAACUGUCUUCGAUACCGACGUCUUCAUGCAACAUUACCGUAGCUAGGUAUAGAAUAUUAGGAUCGUGCGAGUUGAAGACUGUUGGUAUUCUGCUGGGCAGUGCCAGUAUCUGAAUUCAGAUAAAGAAAAGGUUAAUCGGAAAAUGAUUAAGCAGUGAGAUGAAGGUGGGAAGUAUGAUGCCUUUUUUCCGAUCAUCCUGCAUUCGGGGUUCACGUUGACAUAAUCUUUGGGAGUCUCAAAGUUUUUUUUUCCCCCUCUGAAUAUAAUUGGUUUGAGAGUUAUGUAAAAUUAUAAGUAUGACAUUAUUGUUUAUUUAUUCAUUUUUCGUAAUUA